AUGGGUGUUUCCUCCUCUCAGCCUAUUCCUAGCUCGCAAGACAACCGCCCCAGUUCAAACACGGCCAAGCCUGCCGCAACUCCGAACCUCGCCAAGCGCGCGCCCCGCUACACUCCUACCAUGGACGACGAGGCGGCUUCGCAGCAGCUCAUGAGUGAGGCUCGCGCUACUCACACGACGGACUACGAGGGGCCUGCGAUUCCCCUGAACCUCGACGGAGCUUCACAGGACACGAUCGCGAACACCUCCGGGUCCAGCAAGAAGAAGGCGAAGAAGGCGAGGAGGAAGCAACUCGCAGACUCACAGACCAGUCCUCGCAACACUUUCCGCGGGUCGCCGCUCCCAACGUAUUCGCUCAAAGACCUGCAGGCCUUCGUGGGCCCUUCGCCGUCGAAGAGCCAGGCAUUCCCGUCCACCAUGCCUUCGACGCAGAUCGAGGUGCCCGACACUCAGACCGAACUACAAGCGAACGACGCACCCUCACCAACGCCGUUAACAUCGAGUCAAGCUAUUCCAGUGCAUGUUUCGAAGAAGAAAUCUAAAAAGGACAAGAGGAACAUGCUGGCUGAGGCUGAUUUGAACAACGGCAACACUAUACCAGCUACGCCGUAUGAGGAAGCGAUUGAUGGAACCAUGCCCACACCGUCAGAAGCAACUGAGGGUCAAGCGAGUCGGAAACGGCGCAGGAAACACAAGUCGCGAACUUCCAUGAACAGUCUCGACUUCAACCCCACAGGGGUAGCUGAAACACCCGUAGCAACACAAGAAGUGACAUCAGGAGGACCAGCUGAAGGUAGCGACGAGCACAGUGGCGUUCCGGACGUAGAAGAGCAACCACUGGUUCCUAGAGCUCUUCUCAACAAUCUGAAAGCUGAAAGGUUGCAAAGGUCGCAAUCCGCUAGGAAAGCACCCGAGCCAGCUAACACACGCCAAGAUGCGCUGGAAGCUGUGCCUGCGAAUGGAGAUGCAGAGGCUGAACUAGCAGAGGCUACAGACACAGCAACUGCAGUAAGAACUCCAGGUACCACUCAAAGUGCCAGCAAGAAGAAGCGGAUAAAGAAGGACAAGCAGAUUACGGAAACGCCGAUACUUGAUUGGGAAGCGCCAGUUCGAAAUCUCGAUGAGACUCCAGCACAGCCCUUCAGUUUUGAGUAUAGUGACGGAACCGAACCGACCAAGUCAAGCCGCAAGUCAAGCCGCAAGUCAAACCGCAGGAAGAGGUCCCCAAAGGACACAAAACUCGUCCGAUACAGCAUUGGAGGCGUUGCCAGAGCCGCCAGACUCAGCAGAGUUGAUCCCAACAAAACUUACCAACGUGCGCGCGAUGACGACGACGACGAGCGAACAGCGGCUGAUAAAGCCCUUGAAAAGACGCAUGAGCUGGGACAACCGCCCGAUAAACGCACGAGCGGCAGAUUCACUGCUGACGAGGAAGAGCUGCUCCGCAGAGCCAUCAGAGACUACCAAGAGCGAAACUAUCUCGACACUGCCGACCUCGUCGAGAUCAUCCACUGGAGCCAUGCUCGUAAGAACGAGAUGGGAGAAAACACUACAGACCAGACUGAGGAGCAAUUCAAAAAGGAUGUCAGUGCAUUUUGGGAUGAAAUCAAGAGUGCCGGACUUUUGCGUACUUUCAGAGACGUAAAGAAGCAUGUCCGUGCCCAAUACCACACGUGUCAACGCGGACACUGGUCACAGGACGAAGAGGAGCAGUUACGAGAACUCGCCAACCUUCAUCCUGGUAAUUGGAAACUCAUCGGGACUCAACUCAAUCGUCUCGAACUGGAUGUCUACAACCGCUGGAAAGAUUAUGUACGACACGGUGAGAACCGAGCCACGAAACGCUGGAGCACUGAUGAAGAGGAAAGCUUCGUCGACGUCCUCUCCACCGUCUGCCAAAGGAUCGAGGAUUAUCGGGCAGAAACCGGCCAGCCACCACUUGACGACUACACCCCUUUUAUCAAUUGGCACGAAGUCUGUAGAGAGAUGGGUGAUACUCGUAGCCGACUGCAGUGUCAGACGAAAUGGAAGUCGAUGAGAGCUCGAUUCCCACCGGCUACCGUGGACGUCGAGAUCAAGCCAAGAAAGACAAGAAAGACCCCGCCUCCUGGCCAGGUUGUGGCCGAGGCUGAGGAAUCACAAAAGAAGCGCCGCAAGUCAUCGGCCAAGAAGGUUCGCGAAUCAGCUUAUCCCAUAGGAGAGCUCAACCCACCUGGUCCGGAAGACAUGCUUUGGGGUGACAAGUUCGAUCUCGUCGCUCUACUCAUCGAGCAGGCGGCCGCGAACGACUGCGAAUCGGACGACCAGAUCGUUUGGCAAGAUAUCGCUGAGAAGAUGAACCACACAUGGUCCGUACGCACCCUGCAAACGGCUUACAAGCAGCUUCAUGAGGUCGUUCUUGAGGACGAUGCGGACGAGAACUUGAAGAUGGCUCUUACGUCCCUAUACGGCUUCAUUAAGAAGAACCACAUCAAUGAAGUCGAAGAUCGAUACCAACCUGCGCAGGACGGCGAGGCCAACGGGGAAGUUGCGCCUCAUGCGAACUCUAGCAAAAAGAGGAAGAGGCAGAGCGGUGCGGGUUCUGGCAAAGCUUCAGCAAAGAAGCGAAACAAGGCUACGCCGAAUGCCCCGAAGACGUUCAAGUCGAAGGAGUUGAUCACCGACAGUGACAACGAGGAGAGCGAGCCAGAGUUGUGA